AACAAAUUGAUAACAAAACAAAGAUGUAAACAAGUUGUUAUUUUGCAGUAUGUAUUUUUCUAUUCUGUCAGCACUUCGAAGUUUAUUUAAAAGUUUGUCGUUUUAAAAUCGAAUUGUCGUGAUUUAUGUUCGUUAAUAAUGUGAAGUGGCGUCGUAAUCGAUCAAAUGAUUAUUCAAGCAAUACGUAAAGUACUCGUAUCCAAACAUGGAGUCCAUCAAGAAGUUCUACUCUAAUCUGAACCUCGUUACUUCGCAACUAUUACGGAAUUGGACAAAAAAAUUCACCCUGCCUUAUUAUCAGAACGCUGUGUUGUUGACUAUUCCUGUAAUUUUGGUCAUUUUCAUUGUCGCUGUUUACGUUAUUCGCAGAUGGAGAUCGAAAAAUUACAUUCAAAUCGGAGGAAAAGGUUUAAUGUCUGGCAUGAUGUACGCUACGAAGCCAAGAUUUCGUAAACGAGAUAAAGUCAUGUUCUACGGACGUAAAAUGCUACGAAAGGUAAAAUCCAUAUCAGGACAAGUACGCGGAGGACAGGGUAAAAAACGUAAAUUGAUGUUGAAAUUCGCGCACAAAUUGCUCAGAAUGAAAAGAGAUGCUAUGCCUCAAAGAUUAAAGGUCGAACCUCCUGUUGAAUAUUUACAAGAAGAUCUCACCAGAUUAGACGAACAACGUGUUCCUCCUGAUGCGUUUUAUAUGUUGCAAAGUAUCAGAGUUUUCGGUCAUUUCGAGAAACCGGUGUUUUUAAAAUUAUGUAAACAUAUCGAAAUUAUGAAUGUACCAGCUGGAUCGUAUUUAUUCAAAAUUGGUGAUCCCGAUGAAAAUGUAUUUAUCGUACAAAAUGGCAAAAUUAACGUAUUCGUGACCAAUCAAGAAGGCUUAUCGAUAUCUUUGAAAAUUGUCAAAACCGGUGAUUCGUUAACCUCGUUGUUGAGUUUUGCUGAUGUUCUCACCGGUCAUCCCAAACCGUACAAAACCGUAUGUGCUCGAGCUUUAGAAGAUUCAACUGUUGUCAAAUUACCCGUAUCAGGUUUCCAAGAAGUGUUCGAAGAAUACCCCGAAUUACUAAUUAGAGUAAUGCAGGUUAUUUUAGUUCGUUUACAACGAGUCACGUUGACAGCUCUGCACCAGUAUCUAGGUUUAUCUACCGAAUUAGUGAAUCCUAGUUACCAUAAAAAGAAAAUCAGUUUAUUUUCUACUUCUCCUACUAAACACAGAUCUCGAGAAUGUUUUGCCAACAGCGAUAAUUCUCAAUCUUCCAGUUAUCACGAAAUGUUAGCGGAAAACAAUAUUGAGAGUAGUUUGACGUAUCAGCCAACUACUACAUUACCUCCUGAUUUUCUCGGGCUUCCGAACUUGCUCUCUAAUACCGGUACCCAUAAACAACAUCGUCGUUCUAAAUCUGGCAUAGAAGUACGUCAUCAACCAGAUCUGACCAAUGAUAUUGAUAUGUCAGCUUCUCAGCACCACGACGUGCAACCUACUCGUAAAAAAACCGUCACCGGCGAGACUCCUAUUGACGAAACGACUCUAAUUCAAACAGCUGUGGAUGCAUUUGUUAAAGAACUAGGACUUGAAGAUGACUCACUGCUCUCCGGCAAAGUAGAAAUACGCGAAAUACCCGCCGGAACUUAUUUAAUGCAGGAAGAAUCUCAUAAAGACGUAGCGUUAAUUUACCUGAUGUCCGGCACGCUGUCAGUUUAUCAAAAGAAAAUGGACGAUAACGAAGAAGAAAUUCACCUUUAUACGGUCUAUCCCGGAGAGAUUUUCGGAGGAUUGGCAGUGCUGACCGGCGAACAGAGCUUUUUCACCAUUAAAACAAAGCAUUUCUCCCGGAUCGCGUUGAUCUCUAAAACUACCAUUUAUGGUAUUUUAAGGGAAAGACCUCCGGUAGUUCUGCAUUUAGCUGACACAGUUGUUAGACGUAUGUCGCCGUUCGUACGUCAAGUGGAUUUCGCUUUAGAUUGGGUAUUUAUCGAAAGUGGACGAGCACUGUACAGACAAGACGAAGAAUCAGACAGCACGUACAUUGUUCUCAGUGGACGUCUGCGAUCCGUUAUUACGCAUUCGGAUGGUCGAAAAGAACUAGUUGGAGAAUAUGGCAAAGGAGACUUGAUCGGAAUUGUUGAAAUGGUUACUCAAACGAGACGAAGUACCACCAUUAUGGCGGUUCGUGAUUCCGAAUUGGCUAAAUUACCCGAAGGAUUAUUCAACGGCAUGAAAUUAAGGUUUCCUAUCGUCGUUACCAGGCUGAUUAAUUUAUUAGGACAUCGGAUUUUAGGAUCGUGGAAGAAACCUUCGUUAAGUCCAAGUAUGGAAAUAAACAAUGUCCAGAGUAACUUUUCUACGAUAGCGAUUGUACCAAUCACUGACGAUGUACCGCUUACUUCGUUCACUUACGAGCUGUAUCAUUCCUUAUCAGCGAUCGGUUCUACUCUUCGUUUAACUUCGGAAAUAAUUCGUAAAAAUUUCGGACCUUCUAUUAUGGACGCGAACAACGAGUACAGACUUAUAUCGUGGUUAGCUCAACAAGAAGAUCAUUACAAAAUAACUUUGUAUCAAUGCGAUAGCACUUUUACUCUCUGGACUCAACGUUGCGUUCGACAAGCAGACUGUAUAUUAAUCGUAGGCCUUGGUAAAAACCCUCCCAGCGUUUGUAGGAUCGAGAAAGAAAUCGAAAAACUAGCCAUAAGAACCCAAAAGGAACUGGUGCUGUUGCAUCAUGAAGGAGCUAAUCUACCAAAUAAUACGGUAACUUGGUUGAAUAUGCGAUCGUGGGUAUCUUCGCACCAUCAUAUCCAGUGCAAUAAACGAGUUUUCACUACCAAAUCGCAGUACAGAAUUAACGAAUUAUACAGCAAAGUUCUAAUGUCCGAACCGAACAUUCAUUCUGAUUUUUCUCGACUCGCGAGAUGGUUAACCGGUACAUCUGUGGGAUUAGUUCUCGGUGGAGGAGGUGCCAGAGGUGCUGCUCAUGUCGGUAUGAUUAAAUCAAUCCAAGAAGCUGGAAUACCUAUCGAUAUGGUUGGCGGUGUCAGCAUCGGUGCGUUUAUGGGCGGUUUAUGGUGUAUGGAAAGAAAUAUAACGACAGUCACACAAAAAGCCAGGCAGUGGGCAUUUAAAAUGACUCAUUGGUGGAGGCAGUUAUUGGAUUUGACGUAUCCGGUAACUUCCAUGUUCACUGGACGUGAUUUUAAUGCCACCAUCAAGGCUACUUUUAACGAUACUCAAAUCGAAGACUUAUGGUUACCAUAUUUUACAAUUACCACCGAUAUAUCGGCCAGUGAAAUGCGUAUUCAUACACACGGAGAUCUGUGGCGAUAUGUGCGUGCUAGUAUGACUAUAGCUGGAGUUCUUCCGCCGAUGUUUGAUCCUUCGGAUAAUCAUUUAUUGCUCGAUGGUUGUUACGUGAAUAAUGUACCAGCUGAUAUAAUGCGAAGUCAAGGUGCCAAAUUUAUCUUAGCUAUCGACGUCGGAUCUCAAGACGAUGCAGAUUUCACCAAUUAUGGAGAUUCGUUAUCUGGAUGGUGGUUAUUGUGGAAAAGAUAUAAUCCGUUCGCAUCUCCGAUCAAAGUUCCUAAUCUACCCGAUAUACAGUCUAGAUUAGCUUAUGUUUCUUGUGUUCGUCAGUUAGAAGAAGUUAAAACUAGUAAUUAUUGCGAAUAUAUUAGACCACCGAUUGAUAAAUACAGAACAUUGCAGUUCAGUAGUUUUGACGAAAUCAGGGAAGUAGGAUAUAAUCACGGUAAAACAUACUUCGCUGGUCUAAUGAAAGCUGGCGGUCUGCCAUUCGCUUCCAAAGCAACAGAAGCAACUAGUAAAAGCAAUUUUAAUAAUAUAAUUGGUUCGAGUAAAUCGCAACCAUCGGCAUCAGCUUUAAACUACACGUUCACCGAUUUAGCUCAAAUGGUUUGUAAAGUGCCCAGAGAAAUGUACGUAGAAGAAUCGUCAUCGUCCGAUGAUUACGAAGCUGAUGAAGAAGAUACGCACGAAGUCGGUUACGUCUCCGAGCCUUCAGCGAGUAUCUUGAGCAACGUAAACGUUCUACGACAUCGACACACUGGUUCGUUAUCGUUAUCUGAGAACGAAUUAGAAUUAGAAUCAGAAAGCGAAGGAUCAAUUUUACAUCAAGACACAACAUUUUCAUAAUUUGUUCGUUCAUCUCACUUUGACAUAUUAGGGUAUUUUUCAAGCAUAUACAAUAUCGAAACAAAUUGCGUAUAUUUUUUUCAUUUUUUAUUUUCAUUUUACACGCGUCAUUGUUUUCUAUUCGAGUACUAUACAUUUUUGUUGUUGAAGUUGAAUUUGGAAAUAAACUUUAUGCUGUGAUAUACUA